AUGGGUGAAAACCUUCUCCACCCUAGUGUUGCCAACUGUGUAUUUGAACUCUUGUUGAGUUCUCAUACCAUAGUUGCAUUAGUGGUCAAUUUUGUCAUCAACAUUUUUAUACUCAUCAUCCUCUCCCUUAAGUGUGUGAUCGUUCACCUAUCUUUAGGUGGGGAAGUGUUAUGGGCUGGUCAACAUCGCAAAUCUAGUCUUGGCUAUGCUGCAAGAUACAACAUAGACAACAUGGUUGCCUCUGGACAAAUAGCCAGCACUGAACUGUUGCUCUUAGCUAUCCAUGCUGGAUGCCUUCUACUUGUGGGCCCAUUUCAUGAUUACUGGUUAAUAGAAAAGAGAUUCGACAUGUUUAAAUAUGAUCUUUCCUCUAUGUUAAACUUCAACAAAGUUGCACAAUACAAGAAACUUACACUUGAGGAAGCAGAAGAAAAGAUAAAAAAAAACAGAAGGAAAACUGCAGAUGGGUAUGAAAUAUGGAUGAUGAAAGCUGCAAACAACGGUGCAACUGCUUUUGGUGAAGUUGAAAGGCCUGAUGACAAGGAAGGUGGUGGUGGCAGAGGGCGUAAAAAGAAUAAUGCAAAUGAUGAUGAAGGGAAUGUGUCAGAUAGAGGAGAAGAAAAUGAGGAUGAAGAGUUUGCAAGGAAAAAUUGA